AUGGCUGAGAAUCAACUUGAUAAGAAGUUAAAAGCUCUAAGAACUGAUAAUGGUUUGGAAUUUUGUAAUGCUAAGUUUGAUAACUUCUAUAAACAAAAGGGAAUUUUCUGUUGGAUUGAGGGAAAGUUGGAUCCUAGAACAACUAAAUGUAUUAUGCUUGGGUACCCUGAAGGGGUGAAGUGGUACAAAUUGUGGGGGUUGGGUAUGCAAGGUAUUAAGAUCAUUAAUAGCAGAAAUGUAGUAUUUAAUAAAUCUGAAAUGUCAUUUGUGAAGUGGUACAUAUUGUGGGUGUUGGGUGUGCAAGCUGAUGUUCAACAACCUGAUGAAAAUGUUGUUAACACAAAUAAAGGUGAAGUAAAUUUACCUCAAACUGAAGUUGAAAUAGAAAUUGUAAACUCAAAUAUUCCCACUAUUGAGAUAAGUACUCAAGAUUAUCAAUUGGUUAGAGAUAGGAAAAGAAGACAAGUCAAACCAAAUCCAAGAUACGACAUAAAUAACUUGACUAAAUUUACCCUUAUCUUCGGUGAAUCUUUAGACUUUGCUCAAAGGGAGGUUGUUGACUAUAAUGAGAUCUUCUCUUUGGUUGUCAAAUACAAGACCAUAAGAUUGAUUAUUGCACUAGUUGUUCAAUUAAAUUGGGAACUUAAACAAUUAGAUGUCAAUACUGCAUUCUUACAUGGUGAGCUAGAUAAGGAUAUCUAUAUGAGUCAACCCCAAGGGUUUGAGGUGAAGGAAAAGGAAGAUUAUGUUUACAAGUUGCAAAAAUCAUCGUACGGACUUAAUCAAAAUCGAAGGCAAUGGUACAUUAGAUUUGACACAUUUGUGUUGAAGAUUGGAUUCAAGAGAAGUGAAUAUGAUCAUUGUCUACACCAUAAUAAUGUUAUGGUUGGUGGUGAGGUUUAUUUACUUCUAUAUGUUGAUGACGUGCUAUUGGCCAACUUUAGCAAAGCUAAAUUAAGAACUUAUUAA